CUAAAUCUUGCUUUGCAAUUUUGGAAUUAUUGCAUUUUUUUUUAAACUAUGCAAGUUAAUUACCUGUAAAGAAUAAUUCACUUUUUAGCUGGUCAUUCUCCUGUGCAGAUGGUGGCAUCCAUUCCAGGCCACCAAGCAGCAGCCGGUCGUGUCCUUACUGCGGUCAACAUUCCUCAGAAACAUGCAAUUGGCCAACGACCCAUAGCUCCGCAUGGCAUCGCAAUACAACAGACAGCCCAAGGAACUCCAAUGGUGAUCCAGGUUACGUCUGCAACAACACCGCAAGGCAAGCCAACUUUGGUCCAAGCUGCAGCAGUAAAAAGUGCUGCUUCUGGUGCUACACUUGUACCACAGAGUGGAAGUAAUGAGAGCUUGAAAGCUCCCAUCUCGGCUGCACCAAAGAUGGCUCAAGGAAGCCAGGGUGAGAGAAGAUACUGUAUUUAAAUAGCCCCUUGUCUUGCUCAAUUGAAUUGAUUUAUUAAUUAAUUAAGGCAGUGCUAUCAGGACCAGGGGGCAGAGACUGUGCAUAAAAGUGUGAUGGUAAUACAUAGUAGUGAUAGUACAGCAGGAAAAUGUGCUGUUAAUAUGCAGUGCAAUAUGCAGUCCUGUUGCAUGGACUAAUAUUAUGGCAUGCAAGAGCAAUCUGUAGCCUCGCAAUAUAAGGUUUUGAGUUGACUACGUUUUUGCAGGGAAUCAAAAUACACUGCAAGGUGGUUGACCUCAGGUUAGGUUAUAUAGUUGUUUAUAUAUUUAACCCACAUAGUAUUGGGCCACCUUCACACCUGUUCUUAGGAUUACUAACCCUAAGAGCAGGCGCGCGGGCCGCCUAAUGCUAUAUGGGCUAAAAUAUAAACAACUAUAUAACCUGGGGUUCCUGUGAUAUGUGCUGUAUGUAUCACAGGAAUGCAAAACUUAUCAACUUAUUCUUGGUCCAUUCUCAUACAGAGCCUCAGACAGUCUUGUCAAGAAAGAGACUUCAAGAACUCUUACAGGAAAUUGAUCCUCGAGCAACGCUGGAUGAAGAUGUUGAAGAUGUAUGUCGUUCAUUUAUAAACUUUUUAUCUUGUAAUCUCGGAAGAUCAUUAGAAAACAAAGAUCUUGUAUAUCUUCAAUUUUUUAGAUCCUACUACAAAUUGCUGAUGAUUUUAUCGAAAGUGUUGUUAAUUCUUCAUGUCAAAUUGCCAAACAUCGCAAAUCAAAUGUUUUGGAAGUUCGAGAUAUUCAGACGCAUCUAGGUAAAAUCUAUUUUUCAUUUGGUAAUUUGUUUUUCAUUUGGAUUAUUUUUGUCCUGUUUGUAAUCAAUGACAAUGUGCAAUGUUGACAAGCUCACGUAAAUACCUGUAUCUUUCAGAGCGAAAUUGGAACAUGUGGGUUCCCGGUUAUGGAACUGAAGACUUCAAACAGUCGAAAAAAUUGGGCUCAACUGAAGCACACAAACAGGUAAUAUUUCUUCUCUACUUAUUCUGCUAACUGCUGUUCGACCACCAUGAUAGUGCUUAUUUUUUACGUUUGGUUCAUUUCAGCGACUGGCCUUGAUCAGAAAAUCCAUGAAGAAGUGAGAGUAUUAAACAAACAUGGUAAACUGAACAUAGUCGUAAAGUGUAUAAGUGGAGUAAACCUUACAGUAUAUGACGAAACUGACCCUUGGAAUUAGUCUUGAAAGUGCUAAUAACCUUAUUGCCUGGUGACUAUUCAUAAUAGCAAAACACUGGUGGAAAACACUGCAUGCAAUUCUUACUACAAUCUUUAUAUUCGCAUACUUAUCCAAAACUUUCCUGACCUUUUCUCUCGAGGGAACUAAGUUUUGUUUUUUAAAGUGAAAGAGAACAUCGAAAACAAAGUUAUUUAUAUUAUUAUAGCAAACUGUUAUGUUGUACAUUGUGGUAACCCUAGUAAAACAGAACCUGAUAUAGUCUCCUCCAAUCUCGUACGAGAUUGAGUCUGCUCCAAGUAUUUAUGAUGCAACAACCUAUUACUUACCCUGGAUUCCAGAGCCUUCGACAGCAAAUAAUAAAUUGAAACGUCGCGAAGGCUCUGGUUCAACGGGAAGAUUCUUUGAUUAAACCGCGCCAAUCACAAAACAGAAUUAGUGGUUUUAGUACAGAUUCUGUUUUGUGAUUGGCGCGGUUUAAUCAAAGAAUCUUCCCGUUGAACCAGAGCUUUCGCGACGUUUCAAUUUAUUAUUUACUGUCGAAGGCUCUGGAAUCCAGGGUAAAAGAAACCGAAAAGGAAACCGCAGUGCCAGUGGAGAAAAAAUACGUUCUUACGAGUCAAUCUGAUACUCGGGCUUCCGCUACCCCCGCUGCAGUGAGUUCCGGGGGGAGGGGAGUAGCGGAAGUGAAAACCCUGGGUAUCAGGUACGAGUCCGGAUAAAUCCCAAAUCGUAUGGAAUCGUACUCAAAUUUGCUUGGUCCCAUCUGUUCAACAUGGGAAUAUGUACAGUUGGCUGUGUUCGGCGAAAAGUCGAGCAAAUUUUUGUACAAUUCAUCUGUUCUUGGGGAGAGACUUGAGAUGAUGUGAAAGGAUGGUAAAACCUACCAUUCUACAGUACCAGUUCGGGAUGAGAAUUUCAAUAACGUCCACAGUUCUAACUUACGAAUGUAGGAGACAAGGUUGCUAUUUGGGUGUCUCCAAAAUAACCUCGAUCUCAAGCCUGAAUGUCCCCGCCUUGGAGGAGAGCGGGUGAGAAGUGAAAAAUAUGGAAACCGUUCAGGAAGGAUCCCGUCCCCAUAGAGGGAGGAGCCUGGGAACGAGGAUUAGUCGGAGUUCUUUAGUAUUCUCGUACCCAGAGCCCUUCUUACGCGCGUUCGACCGAGUCGUGAUUCUCGUUCCCCGAGCCUGCGGGUCCUUGGGAAGGAAACGAAGGCUCUGGGAUAAUCCGUUUCAGGGAGGAAUCUGAUUGGCCGUUGAUAUGGAAUGUGCAGUUCAAUCUUAGCCAGAAUUCCUGGCUUUCGGCAACGGAUUAUCCCAGAGCCUUCGUUUCCUUCCCGAGGAUCGCAGGCUCGGGGAACGAGAUUGUAUUCUCGUAUCAGUACAAUCUCGUACCCCGAGUACGAGAUUGGUAUCAGUAUUAACUCAUGAUUCUAAUCUCCAGAUUAAAGUGAAUUGCAACAAUAUUGUAAUUUAUCGUAAUAUUCUAUAAUAUAAAUUGUACUUUUGGUUUGUACAGAAACGAAUGAUCCACUAAUUUCAUUUUUUUACUAUUUACAAGAAUAUUCUAGCGAACAAUAAAUUAGUUCUUUUAGGGUAUAUAGUUCUUUUUCCCCCAGAGAUCUUUUGUUAGAAGUGGAACCCAGUCUGUGGCAUGGUUGGUUGUCCAAAUUGGAACAUGUUGGAACCAUCGUCACCGUUUUGUGGAGCAACAGUCACAUCAUCAUCCUGUAAGUA